CUCUGUGAGACCGACAAAAUUCAUUUACUUAAAUACUCGGCCGUCGAGAUCAUGACCCUCAGGAUACUACUGGAUUACGAUCCCGAGUCAUGUAAUUGGCACGCUAUCCAUGACUUUCUCGAUAAAAUACUACCAGAAUGGGACUCCGAUAAUAUAAUUAUUGAUUUGUUGACGGCUAUUAUCCUCUUUGAUGCAAAUCGACCUAAACUUUUGCACAGGGAGUCCGUUAAACUUCAACAGCAGUGUUAUAUGUAUUUACUGCAGAGAUAUCUAAGGUUACGGUACCAAUCGGACUGUGUAUCGGACACCAAGUUUCUG